UUUACGGAAGUGUGGUGCAUUGUUGGGAUAUUCCCACUAAAUCCCCAUACCCCAUUAAUAUAAGAAUGCAUUUUCAAUUUCAUGGUUCAUUAGAGUGAAAGAUGAUGAGAAUAGGUGUUUAUUUGGACACCAUAUUGGUUCCUUUGAGCCUCUUCAUAACAAUAGGGUACCAUGCCUAUCUCUGCCAUAGCAUCAAGAACAAACCUUCACGUACAACUUUUGGACUAAAUAAACUUAGGAGGACUUCUUGGGGUCUCAACUUAAACCAGGGUGAUGAUAAGAAGAACAUGCUAACAGUACAAAGCAUGAGAAACACUCUAAUGGAAGCCAUAUUCAUAGCUUCCAUAACCAUUCUAAUAAACAUGGCUUUGGCAGCUCUAAGCAACAAUGCCUAUAGUGCAAGGCACUCAGUCUUCACCAGCAAAUUCUUUGGUUCAAAAUCAGACAAUAUCAUAACACUAAAAUAUGGCUCAGCAUCACUAUGCCUUGUUCUUAGCUUCUUAUUCAGCUCAAUGGCCAUAGGGUUCUUAAUUGAUGCAAAUUUUCUUAUGAACACUCAUGGAGAAUUUUUGUCUUGGAAUUACACACAAACAAUUCUAGAAAGAGGGUUCACAUUCGCUCUAAUUGGGAGUAGAUUUUUUUGUGUUAGUGUUCCUUUGAUGCUGUGGAUGCUUGGUCCUGUCACAGUGUUCUUAGCUUCAUUGGGAUUGGUUUGUUUGUUGCAUGAGUUUGAUUUUGUUAGUAAAGUCUCCAACUUAGCCAUAAACAAUGUAUCAAUAUAAUAAUGUAACAUAAGAUACAAAGUAUGAAGUAAUUAAUGCUGUGCAAGUGUGCAUAUAAUUACAGUUA